UGGUUUCAAAGUGUUGAUAUUUUUAUUAUCUUGAUUCUUGCUUUAAUCUGUUAUUUGCAUGCUGUUAAGUGUUAUUUAUUGAUUGAACAGUUUAGCAGUCGUAAUUAUUCAAUUUGGCUUAAAGAUGCCACCCACAGGCACAGCGAAGAUACUGGCAGCUGGGAUUUCUGCAGUGGCAGUUGGUGGUCUUGGAGGCUUCGUCUUAGGACGCUCAACAAGUGAUCCACGACGCUCAGCAUCCCAUACUCCUUUUGUUGUCCAUGCGGAUCAGAAAGACGGCCUGCAACCCGCCGCAACGCAGACAGCCUUAGCGCCAUAUAAUCCCCAGAACAAAACUGUUGCUCCCAUGCCUGGUGGAGUUGCUCCUGAUCUUUCGGUCGGUCCGCAUCGUGUGGGGGAAAUCAUGAAACAUGGAUUUCCUACAACGGAUACAGUGCGAUCGCGCAGUGAUUAUGUUCUGGCUUAUGACAGGAAAAAUCGGACAGCAUUGUGGGUGGCUGAGCAUCUCACUGCAGAACGCCUGAAGGAUCGCACUAAAGUGUCGCGAAGUGGAUGCGAUUUUAAAGAUGAUCCGAGCAUACAUCCGUAUUUUCGUUCGACGAACGAGGAUUACUUUCGCAGUGGUUUUGACCGCGGACACUUGGCUGCUGCCGGCAAUCAUUGGAUAAAUCAGGAAUCUAUGGAUGAAACGUUUUAUUUAAGCAAUAUAUCUCCACAGGUUGGAGUUGGAUUUAAUCGCGACGCUUGGAACAAACUGGAACAGUAUGCUCGUUUCAAGACGAAGAGUUGCAGCAAUGUCUACGUCCUCACUGGACCACUGUAUUUGCCCAGUAUGCUGGAAGAUGGGAAGACUUACGUAAAAUAUCAAGUUAUCGGAAUGAGUAACGUCGCUGUUCCUACACAUUUUUUCAAGGCGCUUCUGUGUCAGUCACCGUCCGGUGAAUACCACUUGGAAACGUACGUUAUGCCAAAUAAGGCCAUUGACGACAAGAUUCCCCUCCAAGCUUUCCAGGUGCCGCCUGACACGAUUGAGAGAUCGGCCGGUUUCCUUUUGUUCGAGGGUUUACCUCGGACCGCGGUGAAAACAGUUAACGGAAAGAAAACAUGACAAAGUUCCGGAAUUCGGGAAAAGCCAAAGGCAUGGUACAUGUUCGAGGGCCAGUGUUAACAAUCCGCUUCAAUUUGGCCUGCACAGCUUAUAACAAUCGUUUGACCUUUAAUUAUGAUGUAAUUACGUUUGCUCAACUACCGCUUUUAAUUAUGCAAAAUAUUCUACCGGGGAUAAAUAACUCGUAAUUGGCUGUUUGCUUGAUUGGUUGAACGACAUCAGGAAAUACAGAACUGCUGUUAGUUUUAGUAGAAAUCCCUAAAAUGCCAUUGAUCUCAUAACUUUUAAUUAUUUUAACGUUUUUAAAUGGAACUUUGUCGUGCUGGUUUUUGCUGUCAAUAUGUUCUACUGUGUUGGUCUGUGGAAAACUGGAAGUUGAUGUGUGCAAUAAAUCGCA